GUCCAACACUGUUUUCAAGGCAUCUGCGAAAAUCGUACAAAACUUGUAUUCACUUCGAUUGAUUUGUUGUGUCGACCGAACCGGGAAACCAGCAAAGUCAGAGACUGAUUAAAUCGCCUACUCCCACGCCAUGGGUUCACGUUCACGCACUCCCAGCCCGUCGGGCAAACGCCGCCACCACAAAAGCAAGCACAAAAAACGCAGUAAGUCUCACCACGAACACGAGCGCAGCAGCACCCGAGCGGAUAGAGACAAAUCCUCGGAGGUGAACCAUCACGGACGCCGUGAGCGCGACCGGGAGCGGGACAGAGAGCGUGACAGACACCGCGGCGAGCGCCACACGGAGCGCGACUACCGCCACUCUCCGUCGAUCAUCAAGUCCCGGAAGCGUUCCACCUCGUCCAGCAGUGAUAGCCAGUACUCGGAGCUCGAGUCUCAGCGCAGUAGACACAAGCGCAGCCGCUUCAAGAAGCUGGAUGAGCAAAACCAGCUGCAGGUCGAGCGUCUGGCAGAAAUGGAGCGGCAGCGGCGGGCAAAAGAGGCCGAACAGAAGACCAUAGAGGAGGAGGCUGCUAAACGUAUAGAAAUGCUAGUUAAGAAACGCGUCGAGGAAGAGCUAGAGAAGCGUCGCGAUGAAAUCGAGCAGGAGGUCAACCGGCGCGUGGAGACCGCCAAGGCCGAAAUGGAGCGCGAGAUGAUGCUGGAGCUGGAGCGGCGUCGCGAGCAGAUACGCGAAGAAGAACGCCGGCGCGAGGAGGAUGAGAAACAGAAACGCGAAGAGCUCGAAGAGAUUUUGGCCGAAAACAAUCGGAAAAUUGAAGAAGCUCAAAGAAAACUGGCCGAAGAGCGGCUAGCGAUCAUUGAAGAGCAACGCCUUAUGGACGAGGAGCGGCAACGCAUGCGCAAGGAGCAGGAGAAGCGCGUUAAGGAGGAGCAGAAGGUCAUACUAGGCAAAAACAAUUCUAGGCCCAAGCUGUCCUUCUCCCUCAAGCCGGGAGCAUUAUGAGAGGCGUUGUCAAUCCUUUCUUGUUAACCGCUUUUGCUUUUUUAUACCUCACAGGCCAUUGUUUGCCUGCGCCUAAGAUCAUCGCAUCGCUUUGAUUAUUGUUUUCAUUGUGUUUUGUAUUAUUUUAUUUUAUUUUUACCAGCGAACGAUAAUGUUUGGUGCAGGCAAUUCAAAGCCACAAUAGAUUCACCCUUUUCGAAAUUGCCAAUAAGUGAACAUAUAUUCUAUACGGCUCUAUAUAGUACAAUAUGCUAGAGAUUUACUUAACCUUUUCUACAUAAACAAUUCAUAUGUGAGACAAAUGAUUAUAUGUAGUGCGUCGUACUCUGUUGACACAACCGAAAGAAUAUUGCGAAACCAAAAAAAGAAAAGGAGAUGUCAGUGAAAAACAUAUGUAAUCUAUUUGCAAAUUUUUUGAUAUUUCAAAGAAAACAUACAUAUAACGCAAAAUGAAAUCAAUAAUAAAAACUUUAGUAA